ACAUGAUUAUUGGAAUAUGCAUUUUUGAAGCUUUUCUGAUUGUUAUUGGAGUACUAAUUGUAAAGCGAUAUCGUUCAAGAGCACCAAAAGAGCAUAUUCUUCAUAAAGAACCGGCUGGUAUUGGUGAUUUAGUUACUCCCUCGACAGAGAAAGGAGCUGGUAUUGCUUUCGAUUUGGCGCCUCUUGAGUAUACCAUGCCAAGUAACGUCAACAAAAAUGACGAAGCUGUGUACGUAGAAAGUCCCGAUAAUAUCUAUGAUAGCACACUGAUCCGUAGACCCCACGUUUUCCAGCAAAACAACAUUUAUCAGACAAAUGAAGGCAUCUACAACGUAACGUUUGCAAAAAGAGAUCAUGACAUUAACAACGACUCAAAUCCAUACCAAUCUUGUGAAUAAACAACAUCCCAUGAAAGGAAUGAAAAAAUUAGUAAAAAAUCACGAACUAAACAUUUUAAUGAUAAGUAAAGCUACAGAAAAACAAGAGAACCAGAUAUCAAAGAGUUUAUCAAAGAUUUCCGAAGAUGACUUGU